AUGGCGGGGACAUCUGGGUUCUCCUGUGUCAAGCCCAAGCAAGUUCAUCAAAGACACACUGAACAGAUGGAAACAGAAGCAGAGGGAGAGGACUGUGGAGGAGCAGAACCAGUCAGGAACUCAUAUCCAGAUACACAUUUACAACUAGAGACUGAUGACAGUGAUGAUUGGACGGAGACCAGAGAACCUCAGUCAGGUUUAAACUCUCUGAAAAAUGAUGACGUUCCUGUGAGUGAUUUGAUUGCUGGUGAGAAACCAUUUAGCUGCCCUGAGUGUGGGAAAAGAUUUGGUCGAAAUCAUCAUCUGAAGGACCACAUGAGAUCUCAUACAGGAAAGAAACCAUUUAACUGCUCUGAGUGUGGGAAACUAUUCAGUCGCAGUGGAGUUCUGAAGAUACACAUGAGAGCUCAUACAGGAGAGAAACCAAUUAGCUGCUCUAAGUGUGGGGAAAGAUUUAGACACAGUGGAAUUUUGAACACACACAUGAGAUCUCAUACAGGAGAGAAACCAUUUCGCUGCUCUGACUGUGGGAGACGAUUUGGUCACAGUAGACUUCUGACGACACACAUGAGAUCUCAUACAGGAGAGAAACCAUUUAGGUGCUCUGAGUGUGGGAAAAGAUUUAGUCACAGUGAAGCUUUGAAGAUACACAUGAAAUGUCAUACUAGAGAGAAACCGUUUUGCUGUCCCGAAUGUGGGAGAAGAUUUCGUGAAAGAGGAAAUCUGAAAAUACACAUGAGAACUCAUACAGGAGAGAAACCAUUCAGCUGCUCUGAGUGUGGGGAAAGUUUUGAUGACAGCGGAGUUCUUAAGGUACACUUGAUGUGUCAUACAGGAGAGAAACCUUUUAGCUGUGGAGGACCAGAACCAGCCAGGAACUCAGAUCCAGAUACACAUUUACAAUCUGAGGCUGUUAACAGUCAUGAUUGGAAGGAGACCAGAGAAACUCAGUCAGAUUUAAACUCUUUGGAAGAUGAUGAAGUCCUUGUCAGUGAUUUGAUUGUUGGUGAGAAACGAUUUAGGUGCUCUGAGUGUGGGAAAAGAUUUAGAUGCAGAAGAGAUUUGAAGAAUCACAUGAACACUCAUACAGGAAACAAACCAUUUAGUUGCUCUGAUUGUGGAAAAUUAUUCAGUCGCAGCGACAGUCUCAAGAGACACAUGAGAUCUCACACUGGAGAGAAACCAUUUAGUUGCUCUGAGUGUGGAAAAAGAUUUAGACACAAGGGAUAUCUGGCAGUACACAUGAGAUCGCAUACGGGAGAAAAACCAUUUAAUUGCUCUGAGUGUGGGAAAAAAUUCAGUCACAGUGAAAGUCUGAGGGCACACAUGAGAUCUCAUACAGGGGAGAAACCAUUUAGCUGCUCUCAGUGUGGGAAAAGAUUUAGUUUCAGAGCAGAUGUGAAGACACACAUGAGCUCUCAUACAGGGGAGAGACCAUUUACCUGCUCUGUGUGUUGCAGAAGAUUUGUUCAAAGUGGAGAUUUGAAGAAACACAUGAGAUCUCAUACAGGGGAAAAACCAUUUAGCUGCUCUGAGUGUGGGAAAAGAUUUGGUUACAUGAAAAACUUAAAGGCACACAUGAGAUAUCAUACAGGAGAAACCAUUUAGCCAUUCAAUUUGUGGAAAAUCAUUUACACAAUGUGGAAAUUUACAUACACAUAUGAGGAGAACUCAUGAAGGGGAAAAUUGAUUCAGCUUUUAUUUGGAAAAAGAAUUUAGAAACAACCAUGAGAACUCAUACAGGACAAAGACUUUUCAGCUUCAGUGUUUGUGUGAAAUCCUUUACACAGAUUGGACAGUUAUACAAAUACACUGAAAACCAGUGAUGAUUGGACGGAAACCAAAAAACCUCAGUCAGAUUUAAACUCUCUGCAAAAGGAAGUAGUCCCUGUCAGUGAUUUGAUUGUUUCUGAGAAGCCAUUUAGCUGCUCUGAGUGUAAGAUUUGGUCAGAGGGGACAUCGGACGUUACACAUGAGAUCUCAUACAGGAGAGAAACCAUUUAGCUGCUCUGAGUGUGGGGGAAGAUUUUGUCACAGGCGCCAUCUGAAACGUCAAAGUCAGUUUUAUUGAUGUUGCACAUUUCAUUUGACAUUUCAUUCUUCAACCGAGUCGACUCCGCUGAUCCCUCUUCUGCCACACCAAGGACAGCAUCUUUCAUUCCGCUGAAGGACGUUACAGCACACAUACAUACUCUGGAGCAACAGACUGGACACACAUUGUCGCGCCGUGCAACUCAAGUAAGAGAGCCAUAGUCUGGGCAGAGACCUUAAAUUUAGCAUGUGAUUUAAGUGUGACUAUUAACUGUGACUGUGAACUUUUCCUUCCCGAUACCGAUUCUGAUCCCUGAACAUUAGGUAUCUGCCGAAACCAAGUACCAAUCUGAUACCAGUGUGUAAAAUAAAAAUGGGUGGGAUAUGAAUUGUUUUAUGUCUCAACUCCUAAAA